AUGGUCGCAUCCGCCAAUCUCGCUGGCCCCUCUGGGGAAAAGAAGCUGGAGAAGAAGCCCAUCAAGUUCUCCAACUUGCUUCUGGGUGCCAGUCUUAACAUGUUCGAGGUGACCACGCUCGGGCAGCCUCUCGAGGUCGUCAAGACCACAAUGGCCGCCCACCGUGGUGAUGGCUUCGCUACUGCCUUGGGACGUGUCUGGUCCCGAGGUGGUGUUCUUGGCUUCUAUCAAGGUCUAAUCCCCUGGGCCUGGAUCGAAGCCUCCACCAAGGGUGCCGUUCUCCUUUUCGUCGCUUCCGAGGCCGAAUACUACGCCCGCAGCUUCGGUGCCAAUGAGUUCGGUGGUGGCAUCAUCGGUGGUAUCACCGGUGGUGUCGCACAGGCCUACGCUACCAUGGGUUUCUGCACCUGCAUGAAGACGGUCGAGAUCACCAAGCACAAGAUGGCCGCUUCGGGUGUCGCGCCCCAGUCCACCUUUGCGACCUUUAUGGACAUCUACCGCAAGGAGGGUAUCCGCGGUAUCAACAAGGGCGUCAACGCCGUCGCCAUUCGCCAGAUGACCAACUGGGGCUCUCGUUUCGGUCUCAGCCGUCUCGCUGAGGGCUGGAUCCGCAGCGCCACUGGCAAGAAAGACGGCGAGAAGCUCGGUGCUUGGGAGAAGAUUCUUGCUAGCAGUCUCGGUGGUGGUCUCAGCGCUUGGAACCAGCCUAUUGAGGUCAUCCGCGUCGAGAUGCAGAGCAAGAAGGAGGACCCUAACCGUCCCAAGAAGAUGACUGUCGGCAACACCUUCAGGUACAUCUACGACAACAACGGCGUCCGCGGUCUCUACCGUGGCGUUGCCCCUCGCAUUGGUCUUGGCGUCUGGCAGACCGUGUGCAUGGUGGCCUUGGGUGACAUGGCCAAGACCUAUGUCGAAAAGCUGACCGGUGACAAGGUCACUGCUAAGCAUUAA